CACAAGCUGACACUUCCCCUUCUCCCUCGCACGCCCCUCAUUUCUUGCAGACGACAUGGCGCCCACUCCUUCUCCAAUGACCAUGAAGCGCAUCCACCGAGAAAUCAGCGACUCCAAGAAAGAGGAUCUCGGCACCAUGACUUUGGCUCCUUCAGACGAAAGCCUCUUUCGCUGGUCAGCAUCCAUUCCUGGGCCACAGGGCAGCCCGUACGAGGGCGGUGUCUUCAAGCUCGAAAUUGUGCUGGGGCACGAUUAUCCAUUCUCAGCACCCAAAGUCAUCUUCCUCACCAGGAUAUAUCAUAUGAAUAUCUCGGACAGAGGAAGUAUAUGCAUUGACAUUCUCAAGGGCAACUGGUCUCCGGCUUUGUCACUAUUUAAAGUCAUGCUCUCGCUCAGUUCGCUGCUGACCGAUCCAAACCCCUCGGAUCCGCUUGUUCCCUCGAUUGCCACGGAAUACGUCCGAAACAGGCAGCAACACGACCGCACGGCAAAGGAGUGGACAGACCUGUAUGCGAAGCCAGGAGCGCGGAGCCAGUUUUCCUCGUCAUCUUCGGCUAUGAACGGGAGCUCGAAUCAGUCGGCACGGACGCGGGGUUCCCGUGCUGCAAUGGCAGCUGCGUCGGGACCGCUGCCUCCGCUCACGAUAGAUAAUAUUGCUGCGAGGACGCAGCGGUCGUCGGCGGCGAUUUUGGCUUCGCGGGCGAGGGAUUAUAUCGCCGCGCAUGCUGCCGGAUCGAGACCAAGCUUGAGUGCGAGUGUGGGCGCGAUUAGGACGAGGCCGGUGGAGGUACCUGGCUCGAGAACGGCCACGCCUGCCGCUGGUCCGUCGAGGUCGGGGGUUGGUAGUGCUAUCGUGAUAGAGGACUCGGACGAUGAAAGCGGCCGGCCGGCUAGCAGUACGAGGGCAGAGGCGAAGCGCAAGCGGAAUCCACAGCAUCAAGGCAGAGAUGCGGAUGUCGAGAUUUUGGAAGACCGUAAUGUGAGGCAGAGGGUUGAGCCUGGCGGCGGUGGAACGGGAACGAGUAUAUCAGGAAGGUCAGAGGUCAUUGUGAUUGACGACUAGGAGGCGACUUUAUUAUUUUAUUUUUGAGGGCCACUUUUACGAGUAGAGUAUGAAUAACUGGAUGAUUUGUGAUCAAUUUUAGUAUCCC